AUGGCUCCCAGAAGCAAGCCGCGCAAAAAAGCUCACAAGCUCGGUGGCUCCGAUGGGAUUUUCCAAUUUCCGGAGGCGAUUCUGCAGAAAAUCUUCUUCUUCUUACCCGUAGAAGACGCAGUAUCACUAUCAGCUGCUUCCAAGACUUGGCGAAAUGUCUGGACUUCACUUCCAGUCCUCAACCUAAGAUUAGAUCACAGCGAAUAUGUCACUUUCGAGAACUUCGUCUCUUCAGUCGAAGACUCCUUGUCAAUCCUAAGAUCUCGCAAAGCAAAAAUUGAGAGCUUCUUUUUGACUAUUGAUCCGCAGGAAAAAGAGGGUUCGGACUUGGAAUCUCACCUCCAUGACUGGCUUACUCUAAUUAUGAAAAACUAUGUCAAGGAGAUAGAUCUUAGGGUUUCUGAAUCUCCGAACGACAUUUUUUACACUAUACCCCAAUCAGUUUUCACUUCGAAAUCUUUAGUCAAACUUCAGCUGAUAGGUUGCAAAUUUCCGGCUGACAUUUCAUUCUCUGAUGGUGGUGGUGAUCGUAAGAAAUCCAGGAGGCGUCGUCAUGAAUUUCUCUGUCUUAAAGAGAUAAUUCUUGAGGAUGUUGUUGCUCGUGAUGAUCAAAUCAAGGAACUUGUGAAUCAUUCUAAGAACUUUCUAGAGAAGCUGACCAUUAAAACGUCUCCUGCAAUAGAACUUCUGAGUCUCGAAUUCUUCUUAAAGCUCAGUUUUAUUGAAGUGAAUGUUAAAACAUUGCGUGUAGCUCAGGCUACGAAUCUGGAUACGAUGGUUCUAUAUGGGCUUCAUAGAUUAUAUGCUUCUGAUGUAUGGAACAUAAAGACACUGAGAUGCUUAACAUGGCACACAAGGGCCUACCAAUGGAUCAAAGCAUUUAUAUCCACACUCCCACUUCUGGAGACGAUCCAAAUGUUUAUGGUUCGUAAUGAGAAGAUUCAGAUUCGCAGUGAUUCUCUUAAGAAUUUCUUUUUGUGUGAAGGGCAGAGAUUUGAGGAGCCUAUAGAAGUUGAGGUUGAUGCUUCGAGACUAAGCAAAAUCUAUUUCACUGGGUUUUCUUUUCCUGAGAUUACAAUGUUGAGACGGAGUCCCAGAGUUGAGCUUCAUCAUUUUGGUCAUUCUUCUGGUGGCAUUGAUAGCUCUCAACUUUACAGGCUUGGAAAGUUUUCACAAAACGUGAUCCACUCACUGCUACAAAUACACUUGCAUAAGAUUUUUAUUGAGAAUCUGCUGACUCUGGAAGAGCUGAAAGAACAUCCAGUUGUGUAUCAUCCAACAAAUGUAACAAUGUUGGUUAUUGAGUGCAUUCCAGUUGCCUCGAAUUACUCAUCUUUUCUCAAUGCUUUGUUUUGGACCUGUCAUCCCAGCCGUCUGAUUGUCUUAAUGAAUAGAGAAGAAACCCUAAAAUCACCUCACAAGGCCAGUUUCAUACGCUACCUUGUAGAUGAAUUAAUGAACAGGGAGGAAACGAAUCCAAAUUGUUGCCCUGAACAUAAUAAACCAAAGUGCUGGAGGCAUUACAUAGUGGAUGUGACAUUUGAACUAUACAGAAGCACGCCGCAUGAGUUUGAUGAAGGUGAGGAACUCACAAACAUCCCUCUCGAGAAGGCACAGAAUGGAGCAUUUUCCCUCCUUCAAACCACAACCAGAGGAUUCGUUGUGCAAUUUAGGCUUUUAUGGCUACCUUAUCCAGUUUAA